UGGUGCAUUUCGUCAUCUUGUUGACAGCGCGAAACCUUUGCCAACUCAUGUCUAUAUUAAGUUCCGCAUAAUUUUGCCUAAAAACACAAACAACGUGCGUUUAUGGAGGAGAAAAAAACUACAAGCACUUCAAAUUACUUUUCAACACUCCGCGCAAAUUGAUAAGCUAAUCUCAAGAACUGGAAAACAAUCUGCAGCGCUUUCACUGGCGUUGACGAACACGUUCUUUCUGUCAAAGUUUUGGCGUACGGUAAUAAUUGCCUCCUGUCUCUGAUCAAGGGAAAUAUCAGGCUGAUAACGCUAGCGCAGUUUCGCCACAUUUGUCAAAUUAUGUCGGCAAUAUUUGCGCAAGUGUUCUGCAUUAACCGCUUGGACCUUGCGUCGAACGUGUGGGUAGAUAAAUAUCACAUUACCAUGUCAAAACGAAUGCGUAGUUUAAAUUAAAUCAUUGAUAAAGUACUUUAAAUGCAAAAACAGAUUGAGGACCAUCGAAGAGUUUUAGAAACAUUUGGCAUUUCACGAAGGCAAGGACACAUUGGAUGACAUUGGAAGCGGAGUUUUUUUGUAUCGUACUUUCUGUUUACGGUUUUUACACCAGUUUUCUGAAGUGGGUGACAUCACGAUAGCGAGUCGAACCUGAAGCAAUAUAAACAAAAGCUUAGGAUUAAAGAUUGAGCGGUUUAUUGAACACAUCAACGCGCAGAACAUGAGCAUUUGAAAGCAAAGGGGCUUUUUGGAAUUCGUGCCGUGUUCUGUCGAAUAUGUUAAUUGACAAUUGUCGUAUUAAGUCUGCCUAAUCGCAACGGUUCGUGAUAAGGGAGUUCCUGUCCUGCCAAUAUGCUACAAGGCAUUUUACGCACCUACCCUGUUGGCGAGACGCACACGCAAAACGUGGUCGGCGAGAAAAAGUACAAGCAAUCGCCAAGCCUGAAGUCCGUCGAAAAAACACCAAACGUGAACACAACGCUUCGCGUCAAAAUGAAAGUAGUCAGGAAAACGAGGUCUCCGAUAAGCAAUGGUGGAGUUGAAGCUAAUGAAAGCGCUCGGGAUUCGCCCACGGGUGUAGCAGCACCAUAUGAUCAUGAAAUCGACGACAAACAAAGCUCCCUCUUGAAAGUCCCCAGCGACGAGCGCUUACGAAGACGGCUCUCGGAUUCCUUAGAACUGGAAAAGCAGCAGCCACCGACACCUCGGGUUCGUAGACGAAGCGUCUCGUUCGACCCGUUAACCGUAUUCAAAACGGCCAUCUUGGAAAACGAUGUGGAAACGGUAAAGAGCGUGCUCGUCUCUGGCAAGGUGAACGCGAAUUCGUGCGUGGACGGCGUGUUUGCCGUCAUCUUAGCGGCCAAGGAGGGCUCCGCUGAAUGCCUGGAGGCCCUGCUCGACAACGGAGCCGAUAUAGACAUUUGUGAUAAACGAGGCUUCACUCCGUUAGAACUUGCGGUUCAAGGAGGGUACUUCGACUGCGCGCAAGUGCUCAUCGCGGCCGGAGCUAAUGCGAACUCCAUACGCGACGGGUAUUUUGACGAGACCAUUGAGAGUGGAAGACAUUCGACGGGACGAAGCAGAUCUCGAACGUUCUAGGUUCUUGAGAGAACGCACUGUACAAACUUGAACAAUUCUACCAAAAUAAUUUCUACAAAGCAAUUUUGAUUCAGAUCAAACAUGGAUGAGACAUGAGAGCUUACGUGACUAACGUGAGUGUUUCACGAACUCUUACAACGAGAACAAGAGAUGCCCGGUUGCACCACAUGCGGUUUGUACUGAAUGAAAGUUGGGUAACGCUUUCUACUGGAUUGUGAUUUUUGAGCUCGUCCUAAAACCUCUCCGUGCUUUGGUGCUACUCAGAUUAAUCCUCAGUAUUCUGGGUGUCCUAAAAAAAACCCCGCUAGUCUUUGGAAUCCCAUUUAGUUAUAACACAGUGAAUCUGAUUGUUUGCGUCGAGUUGACAACGAUGCAAUAUGGCUUAUUUUAAAUGUCAAAGAUUAGCCUUUUUUUCGGGACACCCUCCUAUGGAUCACUUUCAUAAUACAUGCGGAUUUACACACUCUUGCAUUCAUUCGUUAAGACUAGAUGACCUCAUCUUGGUUCUAAAAUUCCAUUCAAUUUUAGUCACUAAAACGAGGCCAAUCAAGGCCCGCCCCCGAUUUUAAGAUGGCAUGGCAGAAAACAUGUAAUUCUGUCGUUGUUAUGAAAGUGAUCUGUUCUUGAGGUGGAGUUUUUCGAAUUCUUAAUCGAUUGUGUGGGCCAUAAUUGGAGUUUCAAAAUGCAGCCAUCCAGUGGGUAGCGCCACCCAGCUUUCGUACAACGGGUCUCUGGUUACUGGCACGCGUGCUAAUGUGUGUUGCCAAGCGUACCAAGAAAGCCCUAGGGGGUGGGGAGGGGGGUAAACAGGUUUUAUGAACGAGCUUGUCUGGAAUAUCUCGCGACUCUCACAGGCUCUCAUCCUUGCUUGUGUUUGGAGCACAGAUGUGAGCGUUUUCAUCGUGUAUUUGAUCAUAAUCCUAAGACCAGAGUUGCUGAAACUCUUAAACAUUCCUUCUCUAGAAGGAUUUCUAGCGAUACACGACUAACGCGAGGUCUUUCCUCGAAAUGAUGUGAUUAUAAUCACAUUACAUAUGUAAUCUCGAUUUUUUUUUGUCUAUAAUUCGUUCAAAAUGUUAGAGAUUCAUUCAAAGCUAGAAAUCUAUUUUUCCAUUAGCUGAAA